UUUGUAAUGUAGAUGAGUGUAAUUUUUUUUCGAGGUACAUGCAUAUACCUAAAAACAAUUGAAAAAUGCACUGACGCGGUGCUCGAACCGGUAAAUUAUACGUGAACAACACGCGCCGAGAUGGCCAUGGCCAUAUAAUAUAUAUAUAUAUAAGCCACCUCUACCUCUCUCCCUCUCUUGUGUCUCAUUCGUCGUCUUCUUCUACAACUUCCGAGAAAGGAAACAAACACCAAAACAGUUAAAAAAGCAUUAACAAUCUCUUUCUUCUUUUGUCUCUUCUUCUUCUUCUUCUUCCUAAAAUUCCAAGUUCCUCAGACCAAACCAUGCAUAGAUCCAAAACCCAAUCUAGAAACCCGUCCUUCUCCUCCACUCUCCUCGACGAAAUCUACAACUCCAUCGACCCCAAAACCCAACCUUUUCUAAACUCUCUCAACACCGCCAAGAAACAGAGCAUCAGCGUAAACAGAGGAAGAGAUCGGCUAUUCGGCUCUAUCUCGUCUUCCUCCGACUCCAACUCCAACUCCAGCAUCUUCUCCUCUUCCGACACCGAACUAACUCACCCUAAGAAGACAACGUCCUCGAGACCGUUAUGUUUCGGUCCUUCCAAGACAACAAAACCGAGAAAAACAGAGGAUAAAGCUCUGUUUCACCGAAACAGAGCAAAAACAGAGGAUAAAGCUCUGUUUCGCCAAAACAGAGCAACCCGUGUGUCCGACGACUGCGAUUACGCCUCCGACGCUCCCAAGAUCACGAGGUACGAUGCGGAUUGGGAGAAUACAAGAACCAGAAGGUCCACGAGUAAGAUCAAAACUCCAGCUUCGCCUGGUGUACGGAUCGUUAACUUCAUCAACUCUCUGUUCAGCAACAACGGUUCUUCCAAACAAUCAUCCUCUGCGGUUAAGAGUUAUCCGAGGAAGACGAGCUAUGACGUUACUAAACCGACGGAUUAUUAUCAUCCAUCGACCACGUGUUCUUCGGCUUCUUCCUUCUCAAGGUCUUGUCUGAACAAAACCUCCGAGAAACCAUCUGAACGUAUCAAACGGAGCGUCAGGUUUUCUCCGGUCAAUGUGAUCGUCGCCGCGGAAGAAGAAGAAGAGGAAGAUUAUCUGAGCAACGGUUACAUAAGAAAGUCGGUGAAGAAGAAUGUUGAAGAUGGAGGGAGGAGAUCAGUGGAGGAGAUUGCUAGAGAGUUUCUGAGAGAUUAUCACAAGAACCGUGAGAACGGUUUGGUCAAGAGUAAUGACUUCGAGGAUUAUGAAGAUGUAGAUGAUGAUGUUGCAAGUGAUUCGAGUUCGGAUUUGUUUGAGCUGGAUUUAGCUGGGAGUCAUCAUCAUAAUCUGUAUGGAGACGAGCUUCCUGUGUAUGAAACCACUUUUGCUGGUUUGAUCUUGUGAAACUUUUUUUUUUCUUUAUUUUGUUACUUUUUUUUUAGGCUUUCGUUUUUUUUUCAAUGUUUUAAGAUCAUGUGAUUCUUCACAUGUGUUUGGUUUUGUAACUAUAUGUCGUGUUAUAAAUUUUGUGUUUGUAAAAAUUUGAUUCAAAAACAAGCUAUAGUAUAAUCUAGUGAUAUCAUGAGGCAAAACAUUAGGUUAU